UAUAAAAACCAACGCAUCGGUAAGUAUAACUCUUGUAUCGCUGUGUUCACUUCAAGAGUAGGUAACCGUUUACCUACACACCUAUAAAUGUUUUAAUAUUAUAAUUUUUCGUGAGUACCAAUAUAUUUUUUAGCAUAAUAUUAUUAAGGUGAACUACAACAAUAGAUAGGUCCCUAACUACUACCUAUAUUAUACUAUAGACUCCGGACACGAUGCUGAAUUUUUUGAUUGCGGUGACGGUCGCGGAACUUGCCGUCGGGGUCACUGGCCUCGACAACGGGUUGGCUUUGACACCGCCGAUGGGAUGGCUCGCGUGGCAGAGGUACAGGUGCAUCACGGACUGCGAAACGUAUCCAGACGAAUGUGUCAGUGAAAAGCUGUUUAUGAAAGCGGCUGAUUUGUUGGUCAGCGAAGGCUACGCAGACGCGGGAUACAAAUAUUUAAUCGUGGACGACUGUUGGUUGGCCAAGAACAGAUCGGCCGACGGGAAAUUGGAAGCCGACAAGACGAGGUUCCCGAGCGGUAUCAAAGCACUGGCUGACUACGUGCACUCGAAAGGAUUGAAAUUCGGUCUGUAUCAAGACUGGGGCGAGAAAACUUGCGCCGGUUACCCUGGCGUGCGGGGUAAGGAAGAAAUGGACGCCAAACAGUUCGCAGAAUGGGAAGUCGAUUACGUAAAACUAGACGGAUGUUAUUCGAAUGUCAGGGACAUGGACAGAGGUUACGUCGAAUUUGGGCAACAUCUAAACCAAACGGGGAGGCCAAUGGUGUACUCAUGCAGCUGGCCGGCAUACCAAGAAGACAAGGGUAUGCGUAUUAAUUACGCGUUGAUGGCUAAACAUUGUAAUCUGUGGCGUAACUACGGGGACAUUGACGACUCGUGGACCAGUGUAACAGCCAUUAGCGAUUACUUCGCGAUGAAACAAGAGUUCUGGGCUCAGUACGCGGGACCCGGACACUGGAACGAUCCAGACAUGCUAUUGAUCGGCAACUUUGGCCUGUCGUUUGACCAAAGCAAAUCACAAAUGGCCAUUUGGACCGUGUUGGCCGCUCCCCUAAUGAUGUCCAACAAUUUGUCCAACGUAUGCCCGGAGUUCAAAGAAAUCUUACAGAACAAAGAAAUCAUAAAGAUCAGUCAAGACGCACUAGGAAUACAAGGCACUCGAGUGUUUAAAGAUAAGGGUAUUGACAUUUGGACCCGACCAGUCGAACCGGUUCAUCAUGGAAAUUAUUCUUACGCGGUGGCGUUUGUGAGUCGCCGCGAGGAUGGCGCUCCUACUCCGUACAAAAUAACUUUGGAAGACUUAGGACUAAAGCAUCACUUCGGUUACACAAUUAAGAAUUUGUUUGAUAAGCCGACCUCAAACAUAACCAUACAUUUUGCCCUGCCAAAGACUGUAGUCCGCGUACGAGUUAUUCCGUCAGGUGUUGUGUUCUUGCGAUUCGAUGUUAUAGCGACCAAAUUGCGGGAAGAUGAUAUUUAUAAUGGCGCACUCAACAAAACCGUAACAUUUAUAUAAAUCCAGUUUUAAAAACAUGAUAUAAGUUUAUUUAUAAAUUAUUAAUAUAUAAUAUUA